UGGUAUUUUUUUGUUUUUUCGUUUUGAUGUACAAUAACAAUUGCCUAAUUAUGCUCUAUAAUGCAUUUGGGAAGCCGUACAGUGUUCAAUAAUAUCACAUGCCUAUUGCAAUUUUCAAAGAAAAAAAUAAUCCCACAUUUUAGUUGCAGGAACUGACAGUUUAAAUGUCCCAUUCCCCCUCCCAUUGGAGCCAAUACUCUAUAAUCCAAAAAAAAAAAAAAAUUCAAGAACUGAGGUUCAAUUCAAACUCCUGGCUUUUGAGGUAUUUGCUUCACAACUGCUAAUGCCUCCCCCACAAUACAGAGGAAAACCAGAAUUUCACAUAUGUUUCCCAAAUGGUUGGGAUUGAGUUGUGGCGGUCUUAGGUUCAAAUCGUAUGAGAAAUGAGAAACAAAGGUUUUCACAUCCGUUCAAUAUCGUCUCUUUUGCAGUGCCCUCCAUUUCGGUUAAGCUACCAAGGAUUGGGAGAACCCCUGUGCUUUGCAGCAUUCGGGCCAUUUGCUUGUACUGCUUUUUACCUCUUACAAGGCAGCACAAGUCAGAUGAACUAUCUUCCCUUAAGUGGUACAAUUCUUUCUGCUUCAAUCCUUGUUGGCUUCACAACUUCCCUAAUUCUUUUCUGUAGUCACUUUCAUCAGGUAGAAGAAGAUAAGGCAGUUGGAAAAAUGUCCCCUCUGGUAAGGCUUGGCACCGAAAGAGGUUUGAGUGUAGUGAAGGUUGCUGUCAUAGCACAUUACUUCUUGUUGUUUGCCUUUGGUCUAAUCAAGGCCCUUCCUUUUAUUUAUAUUGUAAGUCCUGCAAAUUGGUAAAGUAUGCAAAUUUAACUUCGGCAGAUUGAGACUUUA